UGGACACACACACAAGCAUGCACAAAAUCAUUCGGGUUAAGAUGCAGGCACAUGUGUGUAACAGAAAUGUUCUUGGCAUGAUCGUGGUUCAUUAACUUCAUACUCUUGGUCUUAUGGUCUAUUGGUGGACUUUGGACUUGAAGGGAAUGGGAGGCUGGACCAGAAAAGGCAACUCUUUGACGAGAGGGAGCAGAAGAAUGGGAUAGAAGAAGCAAAAGGCAGAGCAGCACUUCACGUUGAGGAGAUGGACUGAGGCAAGACAGAGAGGACAAAAUAGUGGAUGGACAUGGGCAGAGAGCGACUCACCUGGGGAUUGCUGCUACGUGUGGGGAUUCUGCUCACGGCAGUGUGUGUGUGCAUUCAUGUUUACCUGGAGAAGGGUCGGUGGGGAACACCUGCACCCCUGGCAUUGGGACAUCCUACCCAUUCUAGUCGGGACUGGGUCCAACAAAGCAGGACCAAACAAGUCUCUGCAGAAGCAGAGGAGCUGGGCAGAAGCAUUAAAAGGAGAAUCUCCUAUGUUCGAACACUAAAAAAGGACAGCCCAGCUAGGAAGAGGGAUGCAGACAGAAAAGACCCCUCAACCCCAUGCUGCCCACCCCCCCGUCCACACAGAAAGCAGACUCCUCGGUGGCAUAUAGACUUGGAGCCCUGGGCCAGUGAAAGUCAUUCUCUGGAGGAUGAAGCUAAAAGGUUCCUCAACUACAUCACAACACCACAAGUGUCGUGUGCAUCGCUGGCCAUUGAGGAAGAUGCUCAGGAGAGGACCAAGGGUGAUUGGGCUGCGUGUCUGGACCCCAAGUACAGCCUUACUCACAGAAUACAAAGCAAACACUGCAGGGUUUACUCUUUUGGGUUGGGUGUGGAUGAUCGGUCUCUGGAGCAUACUCUCACAAGAGCGGGAUGUGAGGUCCACCUCUUUGAUCCCAGUCUGAAGCAGCCUCACUCACAGCAGGCUGAAAUGUGGCUCCAUCGGCUCUCUGUAGACUGGAGGGAUCCCAACCCGGCCAUUGUCGUCCAGCGUCAGUACGUCAGCACCAAGAAACUGGCCAGCAUCCUUAAUGACUUUGGACACAGACAGGUGGAUGUACUGAAGGCGGAUAUGGAGAGCGCAGAGUGGAAGAUUUUGGAGAAUUUGGUCCUGGAAGGGGUUCUAGACUCAGUGGGUCAACUGCUGUUGGAGCUUCACCUGCACUGGGCGGGCUUUGAGGUGGGCGGCGAUGACCCGUCCGUGGUGCGGUACUGGUUCAGCCUGCUCAAGGAGCUUGAACACGCCAGCUUCCGCCUCUUCCACGUCCACAGCGACCCAGCCAAACCUCGCCUCUUUCUGCACAAGAACGUCCUCAACGCCAGCAGUGCUUACACCCUGAGCUGGGUGAACACGGAGUGGAAGCCUUGAGGGAGGCAAGACUGAAAAAAAAGAACUGCUACCUUAGCUGAAACAGCCUCUGAAUAGAAGUUUGUGUAACAUGGAUUUUUAAGUCCGAGUACAGUCUUCCCAUACAGUUGGCUCUUAUCUGGUCUGACCUUCAUGUGAAGCUAUAACCCCUGCUCUUACUUAUCCUCCUGCUCUUCCUCUCCUGGUGUGUAAUAACCUCAGCUGUGUAGAGGAGCAGAGUAAUUGCCUCCAGAGGCUCUCUGGGUUCUACCCUCAUAGUGGCUGUGUUAUUGGCUGCAGGUCAGCCUCUGAGUCAGUCACCCAUGUCAUCAUGGUCCUAUCUGAGCUCGGCCCACAGCCAGAUAUUACAGGACCUUUUUCAUAUUACAAUAGUGUGCACAGGUCCAGGGACCACAGCUCAAUUUAACAUGAUUUAAAGGAUUUAGAUGCAUAUUAUUAAUUAAAAAUUCAGCACCUUUUUUAUGUGAAUGUCCAGUCAUUGAAUAAGAUAUAAUGAGUAAUUGAAACAAUUAAUUCCUCAGCGUGUGCUAUAUAGUCAAAUACACACAGAUAGCAGUAGAACUUGUUUCUGUAUAACAAUAAAGCUAAUGCUAGCUGAGCAUGUGAUGUAGUAUAAAAUUCCGCAAAAGCAACAAACUGUUACCGACAUCCAA